GAAAAGCUCGAGUCUUGCGGCCAAGGAAGCGCUUCCUGUCUUGGAAACAGGACAAGUGAGACGGAGGGGCAGCGCUGAACCCAGUUAGGCAGGUGAAUCUGGAGAAGAAGCAGUACCAACCAGAGGGAGGAGAAGCUGCAUCUGAUCAUCUUUCUUCCUUGAGAUUAAGCAUAACUGACAGCCAUCUUCCUCCAAUCCUUCCUUCCUCCUGAUGCAUUGCAGCAUAAAUUCUUCCCAAACAUGAUAAGCCAAAAUGAAUCCUGUGGUGCAGAGCAGAUAUCUGUAUCCUAUUUAACAUGCCUGCUUUAUGUAUUAGAAGAAUGGACUGGAGUGGAACGUUUGGAAGAAUAUCUGAGUUACCUGAUCUAUCUCACAUGGCUAUUUAUGCCACUACUCAUAGGUUUUCUACUUCCAGUAGUCAUUCUCCUCCUCCUUUAUAUUUCUAUUUUCAUUCUUCAUAUUUACAAAAGAAAGACAGACCUAAAAGAAGCUUAUCUGAAUGAUUUCUGGGAUGGUGCAAGACAAAUGUUGGCAACUAUAUGGUAUGUCCAUGCAAGAAUAUGGAAUGGUUAUGAAUUGCAUGGCCUGGAAAAAAUACCAGAUGGACCAGCACUGAUUGUAUUUUAUCAUGGAGCAACUCCCAUAGACUUUUUCUACUUGGUGGCCACUAUUCUUAUCAAGAAGAAAAGAAUUCUCCAUAUAGUUGCUGAUCAUUUUGUGUUUUCAACGCCAGGUAUGAAGUUAUUACUUGAUGUGUUCUAUGCUCUGCGUGGAUCUCAAGAAGAAUGUAGAAAAGUAUUAGAGAAUGGAGGACUAUUGAUAAUUUCACCAGGGGGAGUACGGGAAGCGCUAUUCAGUGAUGAAAAUUAUACCAUUUUAUGGAGAAAUCGUAAAGGAUUUGCUCAAGUGGCCAUUGAUAUGAAAGUGCCCAUCAUUCCUAUGUUCACACGGAAUGUUCGGGAAAGCAUUCGAGUAGUUGGAGGACAAAUAAAAUUAUUAAGGUUGAUAUAUGAGCGUUUUCGUUUGCCACUACUUCCUCUGUAUGGGAACUUUCCAGUCAAACUGAAGACAUAUCUUGGAGAUCCUAUUCCAUAUGAUCCAAAUGUAACUGCGGAAGAACUGGCAGAAAAAGCAAAGAAUGCAGUACAGUAUUUAAUAGACAAACACCAGGAAAUACCAGGAAAUGUAUGGAGGGCUUUGAUGGAACGAGUAACAACAGCGAAAGAAGAUGACAAAUAGCAAAUCAUUGUGAAAAAAAUUUGAAUGAUAUUUUAAUGUGAUGUAUUAUUUAAGAAUUGUUAUAUUAGUUUUUUAUUUGCUGUGCAAAUGUACAAUUUUACAGAAAACUAGGCUUUAAAAAAUCAUUGUUAAAUGUAUGGCUCAGGCAACUAAAUCUUUCAGUAUCAGUACAAUAGCUUGUUUUUUACAGAAAUAAAAAUUUAGUUAAAAAACCACAAUCCUAACUUGGAAUAAGCUAUAAAAAUGGUAUUUUAGUCUUUUUGAACAUGUAUCAAAUAUAUAGCUUAUUUCUACCACUUAUUUAAUGAAGUGUAAGCUUAAAUGUUUUGGGACUGAAUUUGAUACUUUUCUUAGAACUCAGACUUUUUUUUUCCUAUUCCAUGUAUUGUCCAGUGUAGUAGAGGUUGUCUUUAGUUUCUCCACCAAAUCAGGCUUGCACUUAUUCAUUUUUAUGAAAAACAAUUGUAUUAGAUUGUGUACUUUAAAAGGAACUUUGGAUAUACUGUAAUUUUGAACAAUUUUAAAGCAUGAAAUAACAUUUAACAUGGUAUCUGCAUUGGACACAAUAGGAAAUCUAAUUCCAUUACAAUUUGUUUAGGGAAACAUGGUUGAAAUUCAGCUAUACCUGGAUAUAUUGCCUAUGACCAUGCAGUUAUAUAGACACUCUUCCUUUUAUAGGUCAUCUUCUGAUAUCCUACUCUAAUCUCCUCAGCGGGUGAAAUUUACCUCCCACUUUCUGUUACUGUGUGUUCACAGAUGUUCCAUAAUAAGAAAAACAGCUAAAUUACAGUACAUAUUACAUAAUUUAAUUAAAUGUUUCUUUUCAAAAAGUUUAAAGUAAUCAAAUCUAUGGAUGCACAAGCUAGUCCAGAUGAGCAAAAAAAAUCCAGUAUCUGUAUUCAUCAACACUUACAACUAUAAUUAGAAUUUAGUUUUAAGGUACUGGUUAGUACUAUUCACAGUGGUAUUUAGAAAGAGAAAGUAAAUUAGUGUAAGUGCAUUGUAAAUAAUGUGGAUUGGAUCCAGCAUAGUAAUAGAGCAACUUCUGCAGGAGAAAUGAAUCCUUUUUAAUCCUUUUGCUACUUCCCUGCAAGUGCUACAUUUUUGGGGCAAACUAAACUGUUAAUUUGUUUAUGACGCUGUGCUGUCUGUUUUCCAAAAAUUCUGAAAAUUAAAAUGCAGGAUUAUAGGUAUAACUUCUGUGCCAAAGCAGUGCGAAGCCACCAAGAUGUGCCUUAUGUACAGUAGUGACUCUAUGAUCAAUCAUCAUUCAAGCAUAGGCUUCCAUAGCAAGCCACAAUGACAUCAAAAUGUCAACUUAUGCAUACACCAGUGUUUCUCAACCUUAACAACUUUAAAACUCCCAUUCUGGGAAUGGACUUCAACUCCCAGAAUUCCCUAGCCAGCAUGUUUCUGUAUUCUCCACUUUGGUUAUAGUAAUAUAUCAAGUGGGCUGAGUAUUAAUUAAUAGGUCAAUUCAUGAAUCUUAGAUCAAGAUUGUUUAUAGUAAAAUGGUUGUAUGAGUUAAACAGCAUGACACAAGUACUUAACUGCAUCAUUUGCACUGCAGUGCACAUGUGUCAUUUUGAUGUCAUUGUGGCUUGCUAUGGAAGCCUAUGCUUGAAUGAUUAUUGAUAGCAACCUUUUUCUAGGGUAAUGGUGUAAUUCUGAACUCUUUUUUUGUGUUGCUUAUAAUGUUGAAUCCAUUUUUAAGUUUAGAUUCUGUUUUAAACAUUCCAUAUAUGUUUAUUAUGCAUAUUUAUAACUGCUUAAACCUACUUAUGAGUAGCUUAUUUAUGGUAUAUACAUUGGACAUUUAUUUUGUUGUUUUAAAAGAACUUUUAAAAUUAUUGGAAGAAAAGUGUAUUUGAAAAUGUUCUAAGUAAUAUUUUUACUUUUUGGGGGGAGGGGGGUAUAGAAUUAUUCUGAAAGUUCUUCAGAGUAAGUACUCUUAAAUAUGAGAACCAUUCUGCUCUCACAAUAAUAAUCCAUAAAGCAAGGCUUUCUCUCUUUAAAAUUUUAAGCAGAAAAUCAGCUUUAUCGUGUUUUUUCCCCCAGAUUUUAGCAUGCAUAAGGAACUCCAUCUAGAUUCCUUUAGGAAGAUGCCAUGUGAAGCUCAAGUGCUUUACCAUGGGUCCAUUUCUCUGUUAGGAUUUUUGGGGAUGGAAGGGGCAGGGUUUGGAUCUCCGAGCAUUGAAUUGUACCCAAUUCUAAUGAAAAUAGAGCUCCUGGAAAUCCUAUAACAUGUUUGCAGUAACUCUGCUUCCAGGAAAAAAAAAAACCCUUUUCUUUGAUUGCUGCUUGUACUACUUGGUCUGUUAAUUUAUAAAUAAAUGAUACAGGUAGUCCCUGGGUUAAGAACACCUGGUUUACAGAUGACCCAUAGUUAAGAAC